AUUGUGUGAAUCAUGGGCUAGCAUUCUGCCAAAAAUCAACCAGGCAUUUGUUGAGAGCUUUGUUCCUUGGACAAAUACCUGUUCUCAGUGUGAGAAAGAGACUUUUAAUAUUUGUCGUUGCCUGGAUUGUGGAGCAGAAUUGUUCUGUGAGGACUGUGCAAAGAUUGUACACGAAAAAGCAUGCUCCAUGUAUCUACAUGUUCCAGAAGUUUGGAAUGGAUACAUGUUUGAAAGAAUGAAUCUUUUAGUCUCUCUUGAAAGACAGUUUCAUGUUGAUUGCGCUACAAGGUACAACUAACAUUGCUACAGCAGAAUCCUAAAACAUGGAAUCGAAAACGAAAGGAUUUGAUGGAAAUGGUGACGUCAAGGUGUUCAUAGAGAAAGUUGAAGCACAAUCAUCGUUGAAAGGUUACGAGGGAGAAAAGGCCGCGCAAAACCUCGCCAGUUAAUUGAAGGGCAGAGCAUUUGAUGUUUAUAUGAGAUUGUCAACAACUGGAAAAAAGGACAUAAACAAAACACACGGGGGUACCCUACACUGGAACUACAUUCAUUAAUUUAUCAAUUCUUGUAAAUUUAUUUAUUCGUUUGUUUAUUUAUUUAUUUAUCUGUUUCUUUAAUAUUUAUUUAUUUAUUUCUUCAUUCAGUCAUUCAAAUACAUCCAUUUUAGGCCAUUUCCUGCAUCAUUUUUUAACCAUCUCAAAUUUCCGUCCCGUUACUUUUGUUGUGCAUCACUUUUUUUCAGUUAGCGUUAUUGUAUCUCUUAAUGCAUUCAUCACGUUUGCAAUGUUUCUUCUUUUUGUUUUCUUCUGCUUUUGUUACUCAAAAAUUUUUCUAUCUUUUAUCAAUCGUAGAGAUGAUCAAAAAUCAGAAGCUGAUCCUAGGGAGUUGGAACGCUUAACUAAAAAGGAAAGCCUGUAAGGAUCGUGUACAGUUUGCGUUUUUUCAAAUGAUAAUUAUCAAAGUCAAUCAUGGCAUUAGCCGAGUUAGUCGUUCUUGUUGAGUUUGGAGCAAUGAAUAGGACUGAGUUAGGUUUUGAAAUUGAAUGGGACUGAUCUUGACUUUUUUAUAGGAUUGAGGGAAAGUUAAAAAAGAUGGAGGAAACUCACAAAAUUAAGAAAAGAUGGGGCACAACUGGCGAAAAUUUCAUCCGCAUUUCAACCAUGCUCAAUCGAAGAAAACAAGCUGAAAUUUUAAGAACAGCCCAUAAAUGUGCCGUUGAACGCAGCUGGCUGCUUUUGCUAAAGAAAAGAUACUUCGAUGGCCAGAAAGUUGCCAAGAGGCUAACACGAAGUGUCAACAAGGUUUCAGGAAGGAUAAGAGUGGCGGUGAAAGAAUAUAAUGAGAUAGCAGGCUCUUUGAAUUCGAGUUCUAUCGAAUUCUACGAGGCUUGUAAGGUCGAUUCUCACAUUUACAAACACCUCGAUAAUUCAUAUCAGCAUAUUGGAGCCGUCGAACCAGCAAUAAUUCGACAAGCUAUUGAUACCCACAGCCUGUACAAAAGGGCAGUGGAGGAACAAAAAAUUGUCAAAGAAGAAAUGGUAUCUGUCAUCAGACAUUUACUUGAUUUGGUAGCUGGUCUUGACCAGCUAAAAUCAAAUCUCAAGGACGACAGCGAUUCCAUUUAUUCAAGGGGUCUUCACGCCAUCGUCUGUCGAAAACGGGUAGUAUUGCAACAACGAGUUGAAGGAUUCAGAAAUGUUUUCUACCCGUACGUCCCUGAUUUGCUUCAAGAACCACAGCUGGCUGUAGACUCAACAACUGAAUGCUCAACAAUUGAAUCUUCUAACGAAGACCUUGAUUCUGAUGAUGCAGUAAUCUACCAAAUUGCCCUACAAGCCUACAACGCUGAAGAAGAUUCAUGGGAUGAAUACUUGGAUUGUGAUGACGAUGACUAAGAUCAUUUGGGCAGCUUAUGUUAGAUUACGUUUUGUUAUUUUUAUGUACAUGGGAAGUAGUGUAACCAAGGAUAUGGUUUUCUCAGGGGGAGUAUUUUUCUUUUUAUGUUGUGAGAAACAUGCUGUUUCAUAAGCCCUGUUUACACAACAACUUUUUACCUGGGCUAAUGCUAACGUGAACUUUUUGUGUUGUACUAUCUAAAGUUAUACCUUUAGACUUUCAGGAGUACUGUUAGGACAACUAAAGCCUCACAAAACACGGUGUAUGACAAAGGGAUCUACUUAUACGUUAAACGAUACGAGAUUCGACAGGAAAGAAACAUGAUAAUCGUUACAUGAUAUUUAAGGCAUUCUCUUUGUCAGUACAACCUACCUUAUCUAUGGCCUUUGAUCGGGACCAACCACUAGCUUUAAACCGUUCAGACUUUUGCAAACCAUAGAGUAAAUAAAAAUCCUAUUCCCUACGCGUAGAUUUAAAAGUUUGAUUUAUUCAUUUUCUGCAUGCAGCUCUAUUAUCAAGUAUUUGCCAUUUUUUGCCUGUUAUCUUUUAGUUAAAUUCUUUGAAAAGCCUCCCAGUCGAGUAAUUCGACUGAAAACUUCGUGGGAGUCUUGCUGCAUUGCGAAACUAUGGAUGCAAAUUCCUGUGCUAGUCAAGUCAACCGACUAAGAACUUCGCGGGAGUCUUGCUGCGUUGCGAAACUUUAGAUGCAAAUUCCUGUGCUAGUCAAGUCAACCGACUAAGAACUUCGCGGGAGUCUUGCUGCGUUGCGAAACUAUAGAUGCAAAUUCCUGUGCUAGUCAAGUCAACCGACUAAAAACUUCGCGGGAGUCUUGCUGCGUUGCGAAACUAUAGAUGCAAAUUCCUGUGCUAGUCAAGUCAACCGACUAAGAACUUCGCGGGAGUCUUGCUGCGUUGCGAAACUAUAGAUACAAAUUCCUGUGCUAGUCAAGUCAACCGACUAAGAACUUCGCGGGAGUCUUGCUGCGUUGCGAAACUAUAGAUGCAAAUUCCUGUGCUAGUCAAGUCAACCGACUAAGAACUUCGCGGGAGUCUUUCUGCGUUGCGAAACUAUAGAUGCAAAUUCCUGUGCUAGUCAAGUCAACCGACUAAGAACUUCGCGGGAGUCUUGCUGCGUUGCGAAACUAUAGAUGCAAAUUCCUGUGCUAGUCAAGUCAACCGACUAAAAACUUCGCGGGAGUCUUGCUGCGUUGCGAAACUAUAGAUGCAAAUUCCUGUGCUAGUCAAGUCAACCGACUAAGAACUUCGCGGGAGUCUUGCUGCGUUGCGAAACUAUAGAUGCAAAUUCCUGUGCCAGUCAAGUCAACCGACUAAGAACUUCGCGGGAGUCUUGCUGCGUUGCGAAACUAUAGAUGCAAAUUCCUGUGCUAGUCAAGUCAACCGACUAAGAACUUCGCGGAACUCUAUUUAACGCAAAGAAUAAUAUCAAUUUUAUGCGAAUUCUUAGAAACAGUCAUCAAACCUGAUAUAAUUUUAGGGUUUCCCUGUUCAAAAUAUCAUAAUGAACCCAGAUCCAUAAUUAUUUUGGGCAUAUCGGACCCAGAUGAAUGAUUAUUUGGGUAUAUAGGGUGAUGCGAGUUAAUAAUAUCAAUUUUAUGCGAAUUCAUAGAAACAGUAAUCAAAUCCCGCUGAACAUGAUAUCAUUAUAGGUUUUCCCUGUUCAAAAUAUCACAAUGAACCCAGAUCCAUAAUUAUUUUGGGCAUAUCGGACCAAGAUGAAUGAUUAUUUGGGUAUAUAGGGUGAUGCGAGUUAAUAAUAUCAAUUUUAUGCGAAUUCAUAGAAACAGUAAUCAAACCCCGCUGAACAUGAUAUCAUUAUAGGGUUUCCCUGUUCAAAAUAUCAUAAUGAACCCAGAUCCAUAAUUAUUUUGGGCAUAUCGGACCCAGAUGAAUGAUUAUUUGGGUAUAUAGGGUGAUGCGAGUUAAUAAUAUCAAUUUUAUGCGAAUUCAUAGAAACAGUAAUCAAACCCCGCUGAACAUGAUAUCAUUAUAGGGUUUCCCUGUUCAAAAUAUCAUAAUGAACCCAGAUCCAUAAUUUUUUGGGGCAUAUCGGACCCAGAUGAAUGAUUAUUUGGGUAUAUAGGGUGAUGCGAAUUAAUAAUAUCAAUUUUAUGCGAAUUCAUAGAAACAGUAAUCAAACCCCGCUGAACAUGAUAUCAUUAUAGGGUUUCCCUGUUCAAAAUAUCAUAAUGAACCCAGAUCCAUAAUUAUUUUGGGCAUAUCGGACCCAGAUGAAUGAUUAUUUGGGUAUAUAGGGUGAUGCGAGUUAAUAAUAUCAAUUUUAUGCGAAUUCAUAGAAACAGUAAUCAAAUCCCGCUGAACAUGAUAUCAUUAUAGGUUUUCCCUGUUCAAAAUAUCACAAUGAACCCAGAUCCAUAAUUAUUUUGGGCAUAUCGGACCAAGAUGAAUGAUUAUUUGGGUAUAUAGGGUGAUGCGAGUUAAUAAUAUCAAUUUUAUGCGAAUUCAUAGAAACAGUAAUCAAACCCCGCUGAACAUGAUAUCAUUAUAGGGUUUCCCUGUUCAAAAUAUCAUAAUGAACCCAGAUCCAUAAUUAUUUUGGGCAUAUCGGACCCAGAUGGAUGAUUAUUUGGGUAUAUAGGGUGAUGCGAGUUAAUAAUAUCAAUUUUAUGCGAAUUCAUAGAAACAGUAAUCAAACCCCGCUGAACAUGAUAUCAUUAUAGGGUUUCCCUGUUCAAAAGAUCAUAAUGAACCCAGAUCCAUAAUUAUUUUGGGCAUAUCGGACCCAGAUGAAUGAUUAUUUGGGUAUAUAGGGUGAUGCGAGUUAAUAAUAUCAAUUUUAUGCGAAUUCAUAGAAACAGUAAUCAAACCCCGCUGAACAUGAUAUCAUUAUAGGGUUUCCCUGUUCAAAAUAUCAUAAUGAAUCCAAAUCAAUAAUUAUUUUGGUAUGUAAGAAUUUUCAAGAGCUCUUUGGGAAGUUGCGGCCAUUGAUUACAGUGGGAAAAUUAUUAGUGCAGUGUCUUCUGUCGGAAAACACGUUCAAAAUAGGCUUUAA